AUGGCUACUACACUGUGGAAGGUUCUGGGCCUGGGGCCCCUUUUGUCCACACUUCUGCUGGCAUUUGCAGUUGGGAAGCCUUUCAUCUCCCUAAUUGGCCCAGAUCAAAGGACAACCCCUUCUUCCAUUCCAGUGUCGUUUUUCUGUUCUGCUGGCCCUUUCAGCUCCAGGAACCUCAGUAUUGACUGGCUGAAGAACAACUACGAACAUCCAGCCUCAACCUCAGACCUGGCAGUACAUGACAACAAUGACUCUUACUCUGUCACAAGCAAAGCAUGGGUAUCCCUGACCAAGCAAGAUAUCUUGUCUCAAAUCACCUGCAAAGUCACCCAUGGAGACCUCAAAGAACCACUAAGAAUGACCAUUAAUCUUUCUCAAGUACUCCGAGUUACCCCCACAGUGACGAUCACCACUGAGCCCCCGGAGAUCCAAGAUCAUGCGCAUCAAAGAGUGAACCUGACUUGCCAUGUAAACCACUUCUACCCCCAAGACAUGUACCUCAUCUGGGCUAAGAAUGGGCACAAGAUCCUGACCGUGGAGCUUCCUCAGGCCAUCAGAAACUCUGAUGGGACUUACUCUCUACAGCACACAUUACAGGAGGACGCCAUUUUGGAUGAGACUAACUUUGUCUGCUUGAUGAUCCAGGAUGACCAGCCUCCAGUUGAAAAACGCAUCACCCUGGGAGCUCCCAGGAAGGUCAAAGGAAGGAAAGACUACUCUCAUUACCUUGAAGGCCCCCUGAGGAGGUUUACACCCGGAUCAAGCAUCCAAUUGAAGUACACCUCCUCUGAAUUACCAACCAGUCAAGUUACUGUGGCCUGGUUAAAAAACAAUCACAGCAUUCUCCAGAGCCAGACCAGUAUCUUGUCCAGUGGAGAGACCUACAAUGUGACUAGCACUGUGCUGGUCCCACUGGAGAGAGAUGACAUAUUAUCUUUAGUUCUCUGCCUGGUCCAGCACAAGUCGUUAGUGGUUUUCCAGAAAGUCAUCUACUUAGACCAGUACCUCCAUGUUCCUCCAGCAGUGAGAGUGUCCCAGUCUUCAACUGUCUCCAGUUUGGUGACUGUUACUUGCCAUGUGCAGAGAUUCUAUCCACAGGAUAUAUAUCUCACCUGGCUGGAAGACUGCCAUGUGAUCAGGAGAAUAGAGAAACCUAUACCUAAGAGGAAUGAGGAUGGAUCCUACACUCUGGAAAUCCUGCAAUUGGUAAACACAUCAGUGCAGAGGUCUGAUCAAGUACUCACUUGCAAGGUAGAACAUGAGGAACAGCCUCCCAUCCAGGCCAGCAUUAUAUUGUCUACAGCAUCCUUUCCCACAUCCAGAGCCAUCAGGAGCCUAAGUUCAGAGACAUCUAUCCACGUUUUUGUGGCUUUCCUUCUAUGCCUCAAGGUACUUCUGGUGGUGAGUUUACUAGUCAUCUACAUGUAUAGACGGUGGGGCCUGUGACAGGAGCGCAAGUAGGGAGAAGAUGCAAGGACCUGCAGGUGAUCCAAGAUUCCUGCUCUUCACUCCUCCACCUCCACCACAGAUGUGCUCCCCCUGCACACUGUCAGACAUGGAAUUGGAUUGUUUAGGAAAGUUUCAGACUCGAGAUACUGAAUUUCAAAUGGGCCCUUCUUACAUCUAAAAGGCAAUUUGAUGAUGGGGAAAACGAAUGUUUACUCUGUCUCUGGUCACGGUCAACCCUUAAUUUUCCAGUUUUCACUACCAACUGGAAUUUCUGCAAGCAUGAUUUAAUUUUAGCAAACACAAAACUUAAAUUACUGGACUGUUGAAAAAGAGUUUUCCUAUCAUGAAAUGGAAUUUA